UAAGUCUGCCUUCAGGAGGCAUAAGAAGGACGUCGCAUCGAAUUGCAGACCUGGCGCGGUUAGUGGAUUCCGCUGCUGCGAUUGCAACCGGGAAUUCGCCAGCGAAAGGCGCCUUUAUACGCAUCUUAGUGCGGCGCACCCUAACUUCAGGGAACCGCCUCCGGAUCGGAUCCGCGGAAUACACUAUUGUAAUGAAUGCGAUAGGAGCUUCGAGACGGCGGGAGGUUUGCGGACUCACAGUGCGCGCGCCCGGGUACAUAAACCCCUCCUAACGGAGAAGGUGGGUUGUGUUGGAGGGUGCAAGAAGAAGUUCACUGCGCCGUCCAGUUUGCUGGCCCAUCUCGAGUCCGGGUACUGCAAGUCCGGUAUCACGAGGGACAAGCUUGAUAGAGCUAUCAUCGCGCAGGACAAGACAAACAUCAUUACCGACCUGGACGCCGUUCUCGCCCGACAGACGGCGAACCUCUCCUUAGCGAACAGCGAAGUCUCGAGCAUUUGUGAUAGCUCAAGCUUUGAUACUCCAGAGGACUCGAGCGACGCCGGGAGCGACUGCGCACAAUCCGAAGCCUUCGAUGGCCUCCCAAGGCGCAUCCCUGCCGGUGGGGUAUUACUCACUCCGGACUCAUUCUCAAACGAAGCCUCGUCCUCCUCGGGCGGCAGCGGGCUCCACACCCCACGCGGCAGCAGCACCGGAACCGUAACACUAACUGCAGGCGUUAGCGAUGGUGGCGGAAUACCCAGAAAUACCCCACCCUUCUCAACAGCAAGCUUCUCCUCGGCGGGCGGCCCCUACACCCCAUCCAUCAGUUCCGUCGCAUCAAACCAACUCGCGGCGGAGCCGACCAUAGAACAAAUCCGCACUUGGCUCCUUCCAGACGGAACCUUCGAAUGCCCCAUCUGUCCUGGCCCUCCCAGUACCACCGCCACCACCAGGAAGCCAGUCUUCCAAACAUUCACCGAACUGCAAGCGCAUAUGCAAUCCCCAACCGCCCACCCCCAACUCCCAGAUCCCCACGACCCACCCAUCAGCGCCGCAUCCUCCGAAUCCGGAAUCGCCACGCCUUCGAGCAUCCCCACACAUCCGUACCUUCUCCCGGACGGGAAAUACGAAUGCCCCUUGUGCCCAAUGGGCACCAGAAAGCGGUUUAGGUCGCUCGCAACGUUGCAGAAGCACAUGCUCUCUCCCAUCGCUCACAUGCCGAAGAUCUACCAAUGUCCGGAUCCGGAGGUGUUUGGCAUCAUACUACAGCCCGGCAUGAAGCGCAAGCCGCAGAAGCACUUCACCACGUUCAGCGGUUUGCUCCAGCAUGUCGAGUACGGCGCGUGCACAGGCGGGAAAUCAAUGUUCAAGUCCAUGGUGGAAUUUAUCAACGAGAGGUUGGGAGGUCUAGGACUAGGAGAAAUGAGAAUACCCGCCGCGGAGCAGUAA